GUGAAAUGUAACAAAUUUUUAUUUUAAAUAUUUGACAGAUUAGAACACAUUAAUAGGAGUAGAAGCAACAAAUUCUAAUUAAUUAAAUCUUAUAUUAUAGGGAAAUUAUAUUUUUAGUUGAAUAUAUAAAGAAAUUAAAGAGAAAUAAUGAAUUCUUCAACUGUUCGAUCAACUAUAAUUUGUGAAAAUUAUAUAUUUUCAUCAGAUUUUGACUCGGGAAACUUAUUUAAAGUGGAAUUACUUCGGAAAAACACUGUUUCAAAUUCCGAUUCCGUGCAAUCCACAAAUGAGCCACCACAAAUUGUAAAUUUAGUUCCAACGACCUCAAAAGAGCGACAAAUUGACAUCGAAUUUAAUCUAUGGACGAGACCCGAUAAUUUUUGUGGACUAAAUGGAACGACGAUUCUAGAAAGUUCGAAAAAGCCUUGUCGGAAUUUGGAAUGUAAUGGGGCAUGUGGAAAUUUACAUCACGGGAAUCGUACUUGGUUCUUCUUUAGCAUUUGUGGAGGCGAACCUAAUCAAUUGGUGAAGUUAAACUUAGUUAAUUUAAAUAAGCAGGCAAAAUUGUUUAGUCAAGGAAUGCAUCCUGUCAUGAGAAAUGGAUUGAGUGGAAAAUGGGAACGUACUAAAGAGAAGCCAACGUUUCAGUUAACAGACGAAAACUUUAUAUUGUCAUUUUGUCAUCGUACAUCCGAGAAUCUUGAGGAUACAACAUUUUAUGCAUUCACGUUUCCAUUUACAUAUACUGAACAUAUUCAUGCACUCGAUAAUUAUGACAGAAAAUAUUUAAAGGAAGCAGAUAAAUUGGACUUAAUAGUUAAAGAACUUAAUCAACCAAACAAGGAAAAGAUUGUGAUUGAUAUGAAUCAAACUGUGAAUAAUAAUUUUUCACAAGAUCCCGGAGCUUGUGAGAAGGAAAGAUCUCAAUUUAUUAGUCUAACAGGCGAGGAAGCACAUGACGGAUUAUCGUUUAUGCAGGACAUAAGUGAACGAAGUCUUACAUCAUCAAUUGAUGAGAACACUUCAGAUUCAAUGCAACAAUUGUCGAGCUUAGUCAAUAAUGUCAAGAUUGAGAAGGCACCAGAAAAUUUACCAACACUUACCAAAACCGUUAAUGUUGAUGACUUGAAAAAUGACAUUUAUUAUUGUCGUGAAUUGCUUAUUAAUACCGUAGAACAGAGACGAGUGGAUAUUUUGACAAUAACCAGCUUCGAUGGAAUCGAGGAUGAUCGUGAGGAUCGAUUAAAAAAUCUCUUUCCUGACACUUCUACGCUCAGAAGUCAUAAAUUCAAAAAUAAGAAAAUCAUUUUUAUCUCAUCUCGUGUUCAUCCUGGCGAAACGCCAUCAAGCUUCGUUCUCAACGGAUUUCUUAAUUUACUGUUGGAUCGCAAAAGCCAAAUUGCUUCAAUGUUAAGGAAAAUGUAUGUGUUCAAAAUAAUUCCCUUUCUCAAUCCGGACGGCGUUUACAAUGGCUUGUACCGAUCAGAUACGCUUGGACAUAACUUGAAUCGAGUUUAUCUUAAUCCAAAGUUGGAGAAACAUCCGUCAAUUUAUGCAGUGAGAAAGCUUAUAAGAUACUACCAUUAUGGCUGUGAUAAAGCAGAAGGUGAAAAUGAAUCAAUUGAUAUGGAGUCGACUUUAAUGUCAUUGAAUGAGAAUAUGCCAUCGGAUGAGGCAAAUGACUAUGAUUCAUUAGGUUUAGAUGGAUUUAAGGACGAUAGUUCAAAGAAAUUGGUAAAUGCUGACGAAAGUGGUUCGGAGAAUUUUAUUAGUACAGAUACAUCAUCAUGUGACAAAAAGCAUAUCAGCAAUGUAAGUAUGAAACCAAGGUGCAAUGUUAACAAAAAGUUAAAAGAAACGGCAAUGACUGUUAGAAAUAUGAUGAGCAAUGAUCGUAAAAACGUAUCUAAGGACGAUGCUAAAUUAAAUCAUCAUUAUAAGCACAUGAUAAGUCACUACAACUGUGAGAAAUCAACUGAAAAGCUGAUUCACAUGAACACUCAAAAUCAGCAGAACUUGAACAUAAGUCUUGAUUUUCGCAUAAAAACUGACGAUAAUGGUGACAAGAGCAUCGUUGAAGAAAAGACUAAUUUAUUUUUAUACCUUGAUUUGCAUGGACAUGCUUCCAAAAAAGGUGUUUUUAUGUAUGGAAAUCAUUUGACGAAUAUUAUGGAAUCUGUUGAAGUAAUGUUACUGCCCAAGCUGAUGAGCUUAAACUGCCAUCAUUUCCAUUUUGAUGCAUGCAAUUUCAGCGAAAGAAACAUGUACUUGAAAGGAAGACGUGAUGGAUUGUCGAAGGAGGGAUCUGGAAGAGUCGCAAUAUACAAGGCUACAGGCCUAAUUAAGUGCUACACGUUAGAAAGUAAUUACAAUAUGGCUAAAUGUGUAAAUCUAUUGCCACCAAAAGGAAAGGAAGUUCUGUCCAAAAUUCAUAAUCUUGUUCCACCCAAAUUCACUCCACAAAUAUUUGAGGAAGUUGGAAGGGCUUUAGGUCCAUCACUGCUUGAUUUGACAAACUCAAAUCCACUCACGAGAGUUCAGAAUUCCGAAUACAGAUCACUUCAAGGACUGAGAAAUGCUUUAAAGAAUGAAAUAAAUAGAGGCAUGUCACGAGCAAGGGUAAAUAAGUUCUCGAAAAUGCCAAAAAAGAGGCAAACGAGUAUCAUAUCGGCAAGUACAUCAAUCCAAGACACGUCUAAGGAAAAUGAUUGUAUUAAGCCAUCGUCGUCAUUAUUAAAUGUCCCGAUCUUAAUAGCCUCGUCCUCAUCAUCAUCUCAAAAUUCUCAUCCACAAGCAAUGAAAUCUCAAAUUUCGUCUGUUCUAAAAGUGACACCACCGAAUAAAAGCGGGAGCAGUAAGAUUCCAACGUUUCUGAAGAAGGAUUCUUUAGUGAAUAAAAAGAAAAUCUUGAGGGAAAAUAUCACAACGGCUCUGGUAAAUCAGAUUCCACACAAGAAAAUUCGAGUGUCAAGUUCAAGUAACAUCAAUCCGAAUAGCUCGAAUACGGAUAAAGAGUCAUCAAACUGUUAUGUCAAUGACUCGGAGAUGCCUUGUUGCUCAAGAUCAACGUUUAUUUAUCAGAAAGCACCUUCUUCGCCAUCCAGUUCAUCAUCAAGCUCGAAUGGUCAAAUGAAGAUCACAACAUUUAUGCCAAUUAAGAAAGUUGGUGUUGUUAAGUAUGGCACAAAUAGUAAGACAUCAGCCAGCACAAUUAAGAAGGGACGAAACUUAUUGGAACAUCAAAAUACAACUGAUAAUUCAAUGAGUGCGCCAACCUUUCAUUCGUUGUCCGAGAAACUGAUAAAAAAGAAGAAGCGAUUACUAAAGUCAGAAACAACAUUGAAACGAAAAAAGUCUCGACCACAAAAACCGCUAGUAUAAAAUGUAGUUAAUUUUAAUGAAUUAUCUUAUAUUGUUCACCAAUCUAAUUAUUAAUAAAUGAAUCACGAAACGUAAAGGA